CAGCUGGUCAUUGAGGAAGGUCGCACACGACGACGACGACGGUUGCAGAUACCUUGAAUGACAAAUCCCUCUCGCUACUACUACGCUACUGGAGAGCCGUCUGUAGUCAGCGACGGUGUGAAUCGGCGAAUCGCGCGGCGAAAGAAAGUGGCUCGAGUGAGUGAGUGCGAGUGCGCGCGCGGAAAAAGAAAGUCGGGUUGCGCGGCUGGCUGACUUGGCUCUUGGCAGGCUUGGUGGUCGAAGAAGGAAAAAGCACGCAUCACAUUAAGCCGGAGAGAGCAUCAGCCGAAGAGAAGUACGCCAGCCAGUGCUGCUGAUGGUGGCUUAACAUACCCCUUGCUGCCAGCUGCCAGCUCAAACUGUUUUCGGACGUUUCGCGGACUGGUUGGUACUUUCUUUUUCGCUACUAUUACUCCCGGGCGAACACUUGAACCAGAAGCCGUGCUGCAGCCACUGCCAAACUCGGAAACAGUACGGACAGGGCUUGCGGUUUUCUUCGGCCGCGCGUUACACAAAAUACAAACUUCGCUCGGGGAAAAAAGAGAAAAACCAACGGCUUAUUUGCAAACGCUAAUUAUUCAAAUUUCUCGACUCUCCCUGGCCAGGCGCGCACGUCUAGCGGCUAGUGACCCAGUGCUCCGUGAAAUUGGUGAUCGCGAGUGAAGUGAGCUUACCCCAGACCUCCGUUAGACCAUCUAUAUAUUUUUUUUUCUGUCGGCAAGUGCGUGACAGUCAAUUAAUUUACGGAUUCCGACAAGAAGUGAAAUGAAUUAGGGUCUUCUGAAACGCAACAGAAGUCAAGGAAACGGGCGAAGAGUUCAAGGUUGUCCGCUUUGUUUUCUGGAAUCUGGCCCGAGAGAAAGUGUGUGAUGUUUGUCUGGCCAUCGCCAUCGACACGAUCGUAGUGCGGUUUUGGUCUAGUAACCUUGUCCCGGUUUCGAUGGGACUGAUCAAAAACAAAUAGACCAGGAAGAAACGUGCGUAGAGAGAUAAACAUAAAAGUGUCGGAAGAAUUCUCAAGGAGCUGUUCGAACAACCACGAAGUGUUUAGAUCAUCGCGAUCUUUGAUAAGGGUGUGUCAGUGUGAGACGAAGGGAGGCGAAGUGCGCGAGGAAGGUUCCCUGGAAGCGACACGAUGGUGACGGGGAACGUCAAGUGGCGACUGCCGGGGGCAGUGCCGAUAUUUGCGCUAGCCGUAAGCUGCUUACUGAUGGCGCUGUUGGUGCCGUUGCAUGGAGUAAAUGGGUUAAGUUCAACAGGUGAAAGAGAGAGCCGGAAACUGUUCGGAGGCUACCGAAUAACGCCAAAAUUUUGCAACGCAACACGGUCACUGUUGAAGCGGGAUUCCGAGCGGCGGGGGCCAACGAUCUGUAUGUUCAAUCACGAGUGCUUUCAACGACAAGGGGAAGUGGUUGGAGCUUGUAUGGAUGGCUUCCUUUUCGGAACAUGCUGCGAAUUGCCAUUGACGAACGACGUGGCAAUGGUGGCAGACUCCUUGUUGGAGCAGUACAACUAUACGGAUGACAUGGAAACCACUUCUCAGUCUCCGCUCAGCUCAGCGAUAGCCAGUCAGUAUGAAAAAUUUGGAAGCCAACUGUCCGGAUCAGCACCUGGCUAUGGGUCCAUAAUCAAUUACGAGCCAAUCAAACUGGCAGCGCCUGCGAAAGAUUCCACUGGAAGCGCGAGUAUGCCGAGUGCUCCAUCCAGUGAAAGGCCUUUGUUCAACAAGCUCAAUAACAAUUACAUUACCAAUGAUGAUUUGGACGAAGAUAUCAUGCAGAGCAGUUUGCACAGUCAUAAUUAUCAGUUAUCAAAUAAUGCAGUAUCCGUGUAUUCUCCGUCCACUUCAAACAUAAAGUCGGAGGAAGUCGAUUUGUUUACAACGAUUCCGCCACCGCCUGUUGCGAAUGAUGUCAGCUACGUCAAGAUCGAUAACCAUAAUAACGUCUAUAGCUCAGAGAUUCCUUCUUCACUGAACAAAUAUAACGAGCACUUUGCUGAUAGCGAUACGGCCCCUUCUGCGUCUCCCGAAUCAUCAACAGACAUCACCUCGAGCGGAGUUCAAAUCAUAGCCAACCAGAUCUACCAGGAGAAUCAGCUGUUCGAUCACAGUGAUAUCACACAUCCGGAAGCCGAAACGGACCUCUUCAACGAGAACGGAGCAGUUGAUCAAAGUUAUGCCGGCCCCAACGAUUUCUCCAACCAGGAAAUCGGAACGGAGGUGCUAACCACAGAAAAACCACUGAAAAUUACCCACCCAAAGCCUCAGUUCAAACCUAAACCUAAGCCAACAAAAGCAACCGAACCAAACAACUUCGUACUUGUACAUACUAUUUCUAGUGACUCCAAAGACAACGAAAACCAAACAACAAAACCAACUGUAUCCGCCAACAACAUUCAUUCGAUCGAAUCGAUCAUACUGAUGCUGAACGAUACGAACCUCGGACCUCAAUACGACACGGACUCGGACAUUAAACAGGACAACGUGACCGAGACUUCUCAGACUCCGCAACCCGAGACCACCUCACAGGCAUCGAACGUGACUUCCUCCAUCGAUUACGAUAAAUAUGGACCGACCAGUUUCUACAUUACCAAACCCCAGAAGACAAGCCCUUCAUCCACCUCAUUAUCGACUAAGGUCCCUUCGACCAGCUAUGUGUACAGUUCAAAGCCUACGAGACGGCCCAUUCUGGAACCGGUUGUAGUCCAAGCUACCUUACUGACGAGCGGAUACGGAACGACAGCUGUGACUCAAAAAGACCCAGCUCUGUCCUCCGUAUCGACUGCUCGUCCACCACCAAACAAACUUAUCAUCACAGCCGGCGGAAACCAACGGCCAAUUCUCAUCACAAGCGAAGGAGAGCAUCCAGUCUCACCUGGACACUACACUGCCGCAUCAACUUCUGCACCUGUUGCAGUCUCUUCUAUUCAACCAACUAAGAAAGUGACCACCAGUCCAUCGAAAAGACCAGCGCCCACAACCGUAAAUCUACCCGAAUUUAUUGUCCAAUCGUCGACGCUUUCCCACCAAUCCCCGGUUCCUGUGAGCAACGUGAACUACGUCCACAUUGCCAGUGCUUCCGAUCAUCCAUCACCAACUGUCCACAUCACGCCUAAACCAGUUCAAGGACUUGUAACCUCAAGCACUUGGAAUAAUAAAUUAACCAGUCCUGUGAGUAAUCAGCGCCCGGGUUAUUAUGAAAACACACCUCCACCAGUCUACGUUUCAUCCCUUGCUGACUUCGCCGAUGAAGGUUACUUUGGAGUAACAAAACGACCUGGAGUCACCCCCACCGUAUCAUCUACUUCGAUCUACACAAUCGUAGAUAGCAACAAUGUAAUCGGUCAUAUUGCAUCUUCCACCUACUCUCCUUAUGGACCAUCGACUCCUGUGAAUCGAAUUCCUCCAAAUCAAGCACCCACCCACAUCUACAUUGCACAAGCUGUCGAGUCAUCUACUAUGAAAAACGAACUCUACACUACGCCAGACGACAUCAACAACUUCCCACCGGUUAGAAACCCUAACCUCAAUCUAACGGAUACUAUGAUGAGCAACAUGACGAAAAUCGAGAAUGAUCACUUCUCCGGUAUAAAGGAUGAAGACAAGGUCAACAUGCUGGUGAACAAAAUCGUGGAAUCAUUCAACGGGAAUUUUGAAGAACUGGAAGCUAUUCUAAAGGAAAGGAAAAACCUCACCCUGAGUGGAUUAACUUCUGGUGAAGCAACCACAGCUUCCACUACUACUACCGAAAGGAUAAAGUCCACGAGUGCAACUACCAAACCAGUCACCAAGAAGAAGAAGAAGCGUCCCAGUGGUAGCAAGAAACCGUCCAACUCCACGUCUUCGUCAAGUACAAAGAAGCCAACCACUCCCAAACCUUCUAUAAUCCAACAGGAUUCAUCCUCGUCCAGCACAAAGCCAGUGUCCAAGCCAUCCAAGAAACCCACCAAGACCAAAAGACCAAGUAACUCGACAAAACCAACUUCAUCAUCUUCGACAAAACCGGUAACGACGACAAACCUUGACUCGCCUACGAAACCAGCAAAGCCAUCCAGCACUAAGCCGAAACCAAGUUCCACGUCCACACGUCCAAAACCAACAACGAACGACAAUGUACAGGCCGACGAAAAACCAGCCACAACCGCAUCCAAGCCGUCAUCCACCACCAAGAAACCUCGACCAUCGAAAAAGCCGUCCAAGAAACCCACACGACCGCCAUCUGCCGACGCUGAACAGGGGACGACCACCCGCAAACCGACGAAGGCGACGAAGCGUACCACCAAGCGACCGACGACGACGACGACCACCACCAGCACCAGCACCACCCCGGCCCCGGAAGACGAAAUCAUCGACGAGGAGGAGAACGCCGUGGAGGAGGAAGAGGAAGACGAGGAUGUCGGCGAGGAAACCAACGAGACGGGUGACGACCAAGCGCCAAGAAAAAUACUUUGCGGUCAGCGACCACUGAUGAAGAGUGCUCGUGUCGUUGGAGGAAAGGCAGCCAAGUUCGGUGAAUGGCCGUGGCAGGUGUUGGUCCGGGAGUCGACCUGGCUCGGGCUGUUCACCAAGAACAAGUGCGGCGGAGUGUUGAUCACGAACGAAUACGUCGUAACGGCUGCCCACUGUCAGCCGGGCUUCCUGGCCUCGUUGGUAGCCGUGUUUGGAGAGUUUGACAUCUCGAGCGACCUGGAAACGAAACGGUCCGUCACCAAGAACGUGAAGCGAGUCAUUGUGCACCGGCAGUACGAUGCGGCCACCUUCGAGAACGAUCUUGCCAUCCUCGAACUGGAAAGUCCCAUCCACUACGAUGUUCAUAUUGUGCCAAUUUGCAUGCCAUCAGACGAGGCUGACUUCACCGGCCGAAUGGCAACAGUAACCGGAUGGGGACGAUUAACUUAUGGUGGCGGAGUGCCUUCGGUGCUGCAGGAAGUUCAGGUCCCAGUGAUAGAGAACAGUGUCUGCCAGGAGAUGUUCCAUAUGGCCGGACACAACAAGAAGAUCCUGCCGUCGUUCGUUUGUGCUGGUUACGCGAACGGCAAGCGAGAUUCCUGCGAGGGUGACAGUGGCGGUCCACUGGUGCUGCAGCGUACGGACGGACGCUACGAACUAGUCGGAACGGUAUCCCACGGAAUUCGCUGUGCGGCCCCCUACUUGCCCGGAGUCUACAUGCGGACGACGUUCUAUAAACCCUGGUUGCGAAGUGUCACCGGUGUGAAAUAGAGACCCAACGACGGCGGCAAUAGCGCUGACGACGACAACGACGACGACGAUGAUGAUGAUGAUGAUGAAAAUUGAAGUCGUUUUUCCUCCUCGUCCUCCCCCACGAGUCGGUUUAAUUAGUUUGUAAUGUGCGCGUGCGAUGGAUGGCAAAUGAGUGUGCAUUCUAAAAAUAUGGAAACGACGAGCGGAACGUGGAGGUGCGCUUGGUUUUUCGCGAUGAGAUGGCGACUGUGCGGGAAAGUUGGGAUGAGUGAAUUGGGAGUGCGAAUGUCAUCAUGAGCGACCGAGAGCGUGUGCUGUUGGGACGGUAGCGAAAGUUCGUAGGUAGUUACGUUUUAGGGAACAAAUUGCAAUAAUUUAUCUAACGAUUAGAUGGAUGUGAUUUGGAGUCAUUGUUAAGGAUUAAUUUAUUGUUGUUGUUAGUUAUUAAAUUAUUUAUUGUUUAGCUUGUAAGCGUGAACCCAAUCUACAAAACACACGGAAAUCAACUGAAAAAGGGUGGGAAGCAAUGACACGGUGUAAAAAUGUGAUUAUUUUAAUUUAUUUCGAUUACGAAAAAAGAAUAAAAAAUCCUAUUACAAA